AUGUCGUUCCUUCCAGAGGAGCAUCACCAGCCGUCUAUGCCAUCUACCUUUGAAGACCAGGAGAAGCAUUCCCGCUCUCGGGAUUCAGGCGUGUCUACACAUUGUGAAAACCAAAUUGGCAACCAGCAUACAGAGCAACCCUCCCGGAAAGGGUCCCGCCCUGUGAAAUCAACCGUGCGAGCCCAAGCCCUGUCUAAAGAUGACCGGCUUUUGAUUGAAUUGAAGGAAGAGCGGAGCUUGCCGUGGAAGCGGAUCGCAGAGUAUUUCCCUGGAAGAUCUGUAGGUUCCCUACAGGUGCGUUAUUGUACACGCCUCAAGGGCAGCAAGGCUGGAAAUUCUGGGCGGCCUGGGCGCAAUUCCAACGUGACAAGCGGAUCCUCGUACAGAGGCACAUCCUGCGAGGCAGUUCAAGCCGCGGAUGGUAGGCGUAAAAACACCCAAGGUGUGGCAAGACAGCGAUAUGGUCCACCUCGGUGCAGGCAAAUCGUGGACCGCUAUUCCCCAGUUUGA